AUGGGAGUGUCUCCGCUGUCCACCGCUGACAUCGACAUCCGUUACCGGUAUGUGGUGGGGAGGAUAGAAGACUACGACACCCUGAGACAUCAAGUCAACGACAGCAGACUGGCCAUACGCGGUGUACAAUCCCGAGUCAAAGAUCGCUUGAAGGCGCUGAAGAAGGCAAUAGACUCUACACAGCCUGGUGACCAGAAGCCCCUCGAGGAGACCCUGUCCUCCCUCCACCUGCUACAUGACCACCUGGAGGAGUGCCAUCGCCUGCUGAAGCUGUUCUGGAAGGCUCGGGACCCCGGCUCCGUACCCACCUCCACUGGCAGCGGGGGGGACGGAACAGCAAUCGUGUUCCUAGAGAACCAGAACUUGAAAGACGAGAUCACCAACCUGAGAAAACGGCUGGCAUCUCAGGAGAAGGUCAUGAGGUCAGCUCUUCACAAGCUGGAGAGAACCAAUCGGCUGAAACAGGGAAUGGAAGAAGCACUGGUGAAACAAUUGUCAAAAACCCACCAUGUCCUACGACAAGCGAGGGGAAACCUGGAGGUCCAAGCCAAACAUGCUGGCCACGAGGUUCCACCCUCAUCCUCUGGAACGGAGGAGCGGUAGCACGCCGUACGCCGCCAUUUGCCACGACUGUUUUGGUACCAUUUCUGUAUAAUUCUGUACAUAUGUGUAUUUCUACCCAGACCACAACUGUGUUAUAUUUUAGGUCUGUCUUAUUGAUUCUCCUUUCCUUGGAAAUUCUGAUUUGUACAUUCCAAAAAAUGGAGUUUUUAGAUGUUUUUAGGUUUUAAGAAAUCUUAUUAGGGUAGAAUAUUCUGUUUGUGAUUUUGAACAAGUUUGCUGUAUUUUCCUCAUGUUGAUGUUUUAAUGUUGCUUUUACAUAUUAUACACUGCACACUUGUUAAUGACUGUACAUAGUGAAUUGUGACAUUGGCUUUGCUUUGUGUGAGUGUAGAAGUUAUAUUGCAUAAUCAUGCAUAUGUGAUUGCAUUUUUUUAAUCACUGCAACUCCCUUAACGUAUAAUGUUCAUUUUUCAUUAUGUCCUUCCCCAUUUUUGGUCGCAUUACCAACCCUUCCUCAUAAACACAACUUUCUCCACAAUCAUUUCUACCAAACAUAAGAACAUGAGGAAUGCUAUGAGAAGUAAACGACUCGCCCUUUCUAUCUGACUACUACCGGUAUUAAGUGCAUGGAGAAUGGCAUGAAUUUUUAUACAAAUGCUGCUUCUUAACUUCUACAUAAGACAGAACACUUACCAAGCCUAACUCUACAACCUGUGUAACUAUAACAUCAACAGGGCUGAUAUAAGAAAUCAAACUGUAUUUGAUACAAGCCAUAAAACAGGUGUGUUUUAAUGAGAAAACUUUGACAUACAGUUUUCCUUCUCAGAUUAGAAAGUACAGGGUACUAUGAAACUGAGAAACCUCUAUUGCUUCCACAUGUACUUUUUAAGUAAGCAAUAUAUACUUCAAGGUAAUUCAUGGUGAUGUACUACUUUUAAACACACCAUUUGUAGCCAAAUCAGCCAAUCGUGGGAGGCCUUUCAUCAGAAGCUGUGCAGUCCCCAGUAGAACUAUACUGAUUGGUUGAAGGUUUUACCUGCCAUCCAAUGGGAAUCAUUUCCAGCAUCUUUGUUCACAAAACUGUGACAAUCUGUAGUUUGUGUGACUCAGUUUGUCUGUGCAAUUAAGUAAAGAAAAUGCCCAAACUCUUGUACUGAUAACUUUUCGACUUUGUUCCAACACAUACUUACAGUGUCACAUCUGUUGUGUAGGUACCUUUUAGUGUAUUGGGUCAUCAAAGUCUUUAGCAUUAGAACAUAUACUCAACAUUAUUUCAAUUUAUGUAAUGGCUUCAAUGUCCCAAAAUUGAAAAUUUCAUUAGGACAAUGCAUGCAGGAUACUUGUAUAAGAGUUCUGUACUUAGAUUAGUAGACAGUUCGUUAGGAUGUUUCCAGCCUUCUUAUGACAGAAGUGACACUAUAUUUUUCCAAGCCUUUUCAAAGAUGCUUGUAACUGCCAGUUACAUCAUUCUGAUGGAAUAAUUCUCUUGUUGAGCUCCAGAUCAAGUUGUUUUCAAACUGUUGGUUUAUGUACAGUUUGAAGACAACUUAUUUCAGUGCUUCAUUUUCAAGUGAAUCAUUCCAUGUUUGUCCAUAAUUUCAUAUUUGGCAGAACAUUUGAGCAUUUUUUAUUUCUUUUUUGACUGUGUGGUUUUCGGGGGAAAAAUUCAGAUCAAAUUUGCAUUCAGCAUUUUACCAAGAAAUUUUGUCAAAGUGGAGCAAAUUUCAGUAGAAUAGGACAGUAUGAUUUGCAAUGGCAAGCAUCUUGUAAAGGUCUUCUGUGUGUGUUGAGACAAAUUUGGGAAGUUCACUGUACAGUAGAUUGGGCAUGUUGCGUUAGACACCUACAUGCAUGGUGGCCCAGGUUUGAUUUUUGCAUGAUGUUGUCAGUGUUGCGUUUGUGUAUGUGUAUGUGUGUUAGCUAAAGCAACUCAAAGUCUUAUAUAUAUAUAUUUGUAUACUAAUGCAUUUGAGGCUGAAUGCACAAGUAUUUAUGCUUGCAAACAUGGACAUGAACAUAUUCAUCUUAAAGCAUCUGUAACUGCACUUUUUCAGAUAUUUUGCCAUCAAAUUGCUUGCAUCUCUAAGACAUACUUAUAGGUUGCUAGCAUGAGAGCUGUUGUUGGGCUUCUUUACACAUACCAAUCUGGCACAUUUUAAUUAUCAUUUUUGGAAACCUCUUUUGCCAAUGCAUGUUACAGAUACACUUUUGCAAACAAUUUAAUUUUGCAUAAUCAUAUUAUGCAUCAACACAUUAACACUAACACAUUCAUCUUUACUUGAUUCUAUGGGGAAACUGGAUCAUACUGAAACCACUAUUGUUACAGUUGAGUGAGUGAAGAUACUAAGAAACUUUCCCAGAGUGUGGCAGGUAACGUUUUCCACCUUUCCAGUAUAGUUGCACAAGGGAUUGCACUGUAGCUGGUGGGCAAUGCCAGCAUUGGUGGAUUGGUUACACUGGUCUGUGUAUAAAUAAUACCCUCAUCCUCAGUGACUUUGUAAGAGUUUGAAGAAAACUCAGUGAUAGCCUCAUCUUGCCUACUUGUAACUAUGCAAAACUGUGGCAAAGAACACUUUGCAAUAAACUUUUAUAACACUAAGAAAUGACACGUACACAAGUGAAUACCGCAUUUGUACCGUAACUGUGGAAAAUUUGGUUAUUUAUGAGAAAUUACAGAAGGAAUACCAGCUGUAUACUGAUGUCAUGACUGGUAAGGGUAUAACUCACCACUGAUGAGGACAAUUAUAUCGUGCAUAUGUUGUGUUUGAAUCAUUGAUAUUUCUACAAAGUCAUGUAAACACAGCCAGUGGCAAGUUGAACUACGAUGAAGAUAAUGUGACCCUACUACAGUGUAGAAAAAACUAUUUUGUAUCCUCAUAUUUUACGUAUGUACCAUGUGCUGUUUGUUUAUGUAACAUUAUGUGAUAUGUAGUACUUUUUACCACAGUGACUAUAAGUUUGUGAUUUUAUGUGAUAAGAAGAACUGUUCCGAUACAUUUUGUACUGCAUGUGUAUGAUAUAAGUCUAAGAUAUAAGCCUACACCCUCAAGAACUAUUAUCCAAAUGUUGCAACAAUUUUCAUGCUAAAUCGAAGAGCUCUACAGACGAACCAAUACGUGAAGAUCUGACUUCCUCAUAAGAUGUAAAAUAACAGUUUUUUUACAUAAAAUCAAAUGAUUUUAAGACAGAAUAUUGCUUGGACAUGAGAAGACCUAGCCUGUAUGUGGAAAGUACCCAUUGUAAUAAUGCUACAUUGCUCAUGUGAUAAAUAAUGUCUCUACAUGUAAGAACAGAGAAAGGAGGAUGCUAGUUUUAUAUUUGUAUUUUCACAACCAACGUGCCUUGUACAGUUUUCAUUGGUCGACUCUACCCCUUACUUAAUGUACAGAUCUGUCCUUGGAAAUACAGCAAUAGAAGUAUUUUUCAAA